UAUUUUCUGAAGAUAUAACUUUGUCUCGACUACUCAUAUUGAAAUCGGCUUUGCGGUCAUUGAAGAAAGUUAGAUAUAAAAUAAUGUAUUAAUGAUAAAGGAUUUUACCUCAAUGACUCAACGUCUGGAGCAAAAAACUAUGAAGAAAAACAUGAAAAGAACAUAAGUCAUCGAUCUUCCCUAUUCAUGAAUGGACGUUUGCUUAUUUCCUAAAAACAAUUCAUUUCAAAUAAUAAUUCUUGAAGAGGUUUUUAUGGCUUCUUUCAAUUUUCAUUGACAGAAAUAUUAUUUCCGGGGCGUGUUGACGUUAGGUCAUUUAAAUCAUUGUAAUGCAAUAUGGCUACGGAGGAUGAUGAUUUAAAGGGUCUAGUUUCCAACGAAGAAAUACCCGAAUCGACAUAUUUUCACGCAGAAGAGAAUUGUCAACGUGAAUCUGCUGGACAAGAGCUGUUUAAUUAUGGCGCAGUCACACAAAAAGAACGUGAUCACCAACAAUUUAUCUUGGCUGUUUUUGUUGUGACUUUUGACACUAGAAAAGGCAACACAAUCGAGUGGAAGUAUCCUGAAUCAGCCACACUUAUUGGAGUGGAAUUCAAAGCUCUGGCAAGCGGAUCGCAUACGAUAUUCAAAGAUUUUGUUUACUUCAGGCAUGAGUCCAAUGAGUUUGGCCUAAGCUGUUAUCAACGGAUAAAUGUUGAUAAUGAGGAUGAACGUGGUGCAAGAAUGAAAUCUGUUGGCAUUAUCUGUUCAAAUUACACAUCACUCCACUCACAUAUGGAGUUCCUCGAGGAUGAAGUAAGCCAUCAACUUGAUAAUCCUGGAUCAUAUGACAAUCUCGUCAAAUACUUUCAUAAGUUUCGAAUUUGCAAAGUGAAGAACAAUUGGUUGCAUUCUCCUGAAAAGAUAUUCGGUGUAGAAGAUCUUCCAUUCUUGCAGAUAACGCAUCCUGCCGGUUGUUUUUCACAAUUCUUGAAUUUGUUUGGUGAAAAGAUAUUCGUUAUAUGGAAAUUUAUCUUGCUUCACCGUCGCAUAUUAUUCUUUUCACCACCGCCAGUCGGAAUCUCCUGUUAUAGAGUUUACUGUGCUUGCCUACUCGGAAACCAUUCCGUCUCCCCUUCGUUAGAGACUGGGACGAAUCCAUUGUUCUUUACAAACAUCUUCGAUAUUCCUCAAUUGGAAAGCGAACACAAAUACAUCGCUUGUACGACCGAAAAGAUAUUCGAAACUAAAGAAGAGUUGUACGAUGUCUACGUGAAUAAUCAAAAUAUCAAAUCGAAAUCGUAUCUAUCGUCAAUACAACACGUUAACAGCUGUGAUAAAGACAGAUAUAAGCGAUUGCUUGAGUAUCGAUCCAAUCAGUUAAUCAGUGAUGGCGAAUGCAUCGAUGAUGAAAAAAUGUAUGCAAAAUUUUUUUCAGACUUAAACAACAGUAUUUUCCAAGCUAUAAUAGACGCCGCAUCGACAAGGGACAAACGUUUGGCCUUUGACGCCAUUCGCAAGAUGGGAAUGCACCCUAAAAAUGAUCUAACCUUUCUUGAACAGCUGAUUGAGCUUCAUGGUGUCGACGUUCAGUUAGAAAAGGAUUCGUGUUGUUCUGUUAUGUAGUAUAUAGCAAAUAGAUAGCUUUCACCGGAGCUUAGGUGUUUAAAAUUAUGGAGCUUGAUAAAGCAUCCGAUUCAACAUUUUUGCAUAUGUGAGAGCACUGUGUGAGAGGUGUUGCCCGUAGCCAUAACGUUAAAUGCGAGCUCACCACAAUCAUUAAGAUUGGAGCAAAUUGGCCAAUCGCGUUCCUUUAACGUAUUUAGUAAAUAGCACAGUGGUUGCCUGUCACCUAACUUAGUUUAGGUCAACACAUAAAGUUAUGUAUAAUGUACUUUUUAAAAAUAUGAGAACUAGUCAGCUAUCUGUUAUUCAUGGUGUUUUGUUGGUAUGUAAGUGACGUUGUUAGUUUUCUCCACUGUGCGUUACGGAAAAAUAUUUUAAAUGUCGUUUAUAUAUGCGAGGGAAUAAUUAUGUAAAGAUUAUUUUUCGCGAAGAACAAAUUAUAAAGAAGAGUUCGCUUACGGCGAUAGAAAUAGCUUCUAAA